GAUGGCUGAGGGAAGGGAAGGAGGAAGGAGGAAGGAGAAGAAGACGACGACAAUGGAGGAGGAGAAGGGGAAAGGGAACGAGAGAUGGACAGGAGCCAUCACGAAUCUGACGGAGAUGUCCUCCAACUUGGAGUCCCUCCAGAAGAUCCUACUCAAGAAAGCCGUCUUCGUCGACGAGGAGACCUUCGCAAGAGCCUCCCUCACGGCCGAACAGGCCCGCACCAUCAAGGUUCCUCCUCUCAAUCCCAAGUGCUUCAACAAAGGGUGGAGACCUUAGAAAGAGAACUUGAUGCUGCCAUUACAGCUGCUGCCCAUGCUCGAUCAGAGAAACGUCAGGCUGAGGCAGCUCAGAAGGCUGCAGAAUUGCGUGCCCAAGAUGUCACGAAGGAGCUUGAGAACACCACUAAGGUAUUUGAAUUGCACAUGGAAGAGCUGCGAGCAAAGCAAGAAGAGAUCGCUAAAAGGGAUAACGAUAUCAAACUCCUCGAAGCUAUAAUUCAGACUCUCGGCGGUAAAGAAUCACAGUCAUGACAGCAUUCGAGACAUGACAUUGGUUUUGCAUUUUCAUGUCUCUCAAAGAGAGUUGUAUAAAAAGAAGUAGCUGAUAGUCUUAUUCAGCCUGUGGCAAAGACCGAGUAUAGCAGAGGAACUGGUGUAGUAUUUCGUUUCGGGUUUCACAGGAAUUUCCAAUUUCCUCUUGGAAAUUGUUGUCGUCGGGCAAUUCUUCCUAUAAUAUGUUUUUGUUAUUGGAUUUUUUUUUCUGCAA